AUGAGUCCCGCACGGAACCCCGACCUGAGCCAAGUUGGUGCAUGGGCCUCCACCUCUAAAGGUGGCCCACCCUCGACCCUCACCUUCGGCAGUUCCACUUCUGCCUCGUCUUUCGGUUCAGGCGGCAAGUCUACCAAGGGUAGCUCCUCAAUGCUCGACGAAUAUAUCAAGUCCCCCGCUAGCUCACAGCCGUGGUCGCCUUUAAAGAUCGGCCGCUAG